ACAUGUGCCGACCAUUCCCCUUUUGACUUGCUAUAACUGAACUCUCAUAAAAGGAAAACUCAUUCUACAUUUACUUCCUCGAUUCCAAGAAUCUCUCUAACUAUUUGCUUCUCUCUAUAAGAAAACAUAACCGAUCAACAGAAAAAUUCUACACCCAUUUCAGAUUUUCAUUGAAAGAACCUAAAUCUUCUCAAAUAUUCGCAUUCACCAAUUCUUGAAAUGCUCUGUGAUUAAUCCAUUUUUUUAAAAAUCGGCGAGAGUUUUGCUAAUUUUGAUCGAGUUAUGAAGAAAUUGACGGGUUUUAAACUUGGGCGGAAGCUAUUAAGAGUUUUUGUUCAUCGGAGAAGAAUUUUCAGCAGAGAAAUUUCAAAAGUCUGUAAUUUGGGACAUUUGCUGAAACAGAGAGCAAAAGGACUCUGUUUUGGGAAACACCAUUCGGGUUACAUCCGAGUCGGUCAAGAACCGAUUGCUCCGAAGCAGGUGAGUGUACCGAAAGGGCACUUGGUUGUGUACGUGGGUGAAAAGAAAGAUGACACGUGCAGAAUGAUGGUGCCUGUGAUAUACUUUAAUCAUCCUCUGUUUGCUGAAUUGUUGAAGGAAGCAGAGAUGGUUUAUGGGUAUAAUCAUUCGGGUGGGAUCCAAAUACCCUGUCGGAUAUCCGAAUUUGAGAACGUCAAAUCAAGAAUCGCCGCCACGGGCGGUGGUGGAAACUGUCGUGGAGAGGUGAGCUGGAGGCACAAGUAGUGAUGAACUGUGGUUUAGUUUAUGUUACUGUAUUUAUUUGUUAGAAACAAAAGAUUAGUGAUGUCAAAUAUCUCUGGUGUGAAAGGAACUAUUUGUACAAUUUUUUGUUAAUUUUCCCGCCCAAUUCUCAAAUGCUUGUAGUUUUCAGAUACAGUUAUAAACUCACGCUUAAACUAUUA